UGACUCAGAUAGUAAAUGGCGUGCCAGACUUCAAGCCCAGGUCGCCCCACUGGGGUGGCGGCAGGUUGUAGCUGCAGCUGCAGCGCCCUCGUCCUUCUGUGUACAGGCUGUUUGAAGUCCUCUGAUGCGUCCUUGAAAGCCCUGGGUGUGCGGCAGUACCAUGUGGCUUCAGUCCUGUGCCAACGGGCCAAGGUGGCCAUGAGCCACUUCGAGCCCAAUGAUUACAUCCGCUAUGACCUGCUAGAGAAGAACAUCGACAUUGUUCGCAAACGACUGAACCGGCCUCUGACCCUCUCUGAGAAGCUUGUGUAUGGACACCUGGAUGACCCAGCCAAUCAGGAGAUCGAGCGGGGCAAGACGUACCUGCGGCUGCGGCCGGACCGCGUGGCCAUGCAGGACGCCACGGCCCAGAUGGCCAUGCUGCAGUUCAUCAGCAGUGGGCUGCCCAAGGUGGCGGUGCCGUCCACCAUCCACUGCGACCAUCUGAUCGAGGCCCAGGUCGGGGGUGAGAAAGACCUUCGUCGGGCCAAGGUGAGCUGAAGGUGGUAUGGGGGG